AUGACAUCAACAACGUCUUCUCGUUCAAUCAUCGUCACCAUAUUCCUUAUGAGCUUAUUCGCUGCUGCAAUCAAGAGAUACUCACCGACAAUACUCACAAGGCCAAUUGUUAAGCCAAUAGCCACACGAGCCAUGCAUAUCCAAUCGAUUCCCAUGUGGGAGGGUUCAGGCAACAACUAUGCCUAUUUGGUAUCGGACGACAAGACAAAAGAAGCUGUCAUCAUCGACCCAGCUAACCCGCCAGAGGUGAUUGAGCAUCUCAAGAAAAAGACCAGUGCUGGCUUUAAGCUGUCAAAGAUCAUCAACACGCAUCACCAUCACGACCAUGCCGGAGGUAACAAGGAAAUACAAAAAGCAUUCAAUUUGCCUGUGAUGGGUGGAGCAGACUGCAACCUCGUUGCGGAAACACCUAGCCACAACUCCAAGUUCAAGGUUGGGUCCAUCAACGUAACCGCACUACACACACCCUGCCAUACCCAAGACAGCAUCUGCUUCUUCUUCGAGGAUGGCUCUGACCGGGCUGUGUUUACUGGCGAUACCAUGUUCAUAGGUGGCUGCGGCCGCUUUUUCGAGGGUACGCCAAAGGAAAUGCAUGCAGCUUUCAAGACCCUGGGAGCGCUCCCAGAUGAUACCAAAGUCUUCCCAGGUCACGAGUACACUAAGGGCAACGUCAAGUUUGCCAAGACGGUGUUGAACAACGACGCAAUCAAGAAAUUGGAUGAGUACUCACAAGCCAACAAGGAGACACAGGGAAAGUUCACAAUUGGAGAUGAAAAGAAACACAAUGUCUUCAUGCGAACCGAUGAUCCAGAGCUCCAGAAGCUCACUGGAAAGACAGACCCAAUUGAUGUCAUGGGCGCACUGCGAUCGAUGAAGGACAAUGCCUAG